GCAUUCCGUAUCAACCUUAAUGAUGAAUGAAGAUUAAACCGGUUUAGACCUUUAUUUUUCAUUCAUUAUUAGGGAAGAUGUGCAUUUUUAUGAACUAGAAAUUUAUAUGAAUUUAUAUGACAUUGUAGGAGUGAUAAGAACCGUUUAUCUUUAGACCCGAAUUUUUUUUUUCAAAUCCCCAUUUCAAUAUCGUUCGGAAAAAAAGAAAUAAGUUUAAGGGAUCAAAGCGUAAACGGAUUGCUAUUUUUCUCGUAAGUGUAAAACUAUAUCUACAUUUUUUAUUUUGUCAAAAAAUUAAAUCGAUACUUUUAUUUAUUUAAUUAAUUUCCCCAAUUUUCAAUUGGUAAAUUCUAAAAUCUAAAAGCCCGCGGCUGAGCGGCUUUUCCCUCAUCUUCGUCCUCGCCGUUCAGCAGUAGGGUUUAAUACCUCUAUUCCUCAAAACCCUCAGCAAAUUAAACAAGAAAUAUGAACGUUGCUGCUUCCCUAUCAUCCAUCGCCACCGUCCGCUUCCCCAAUUGCCACCGCUGCUUCGGCUUCUCAAAACCCCUAAUUCAAUCUCCGUCGCUUUGGAUAAUGGCCCAAUUCUCGUCAUCGCAAUCUCCCUCCGCCGCGCCGGAAACGGCGGUUGUGGAAGCCAAGACGCCGCCCAAGCAGCCGUGGCUCAUCGUCGGCCUCGGAAACCCCGGGAAGAAGUACAACAGCACCCGCCACAAUGUGGGUUUUGAGAUGGUGGAUGCCAUUGCUGAAGCUGAAGGGAUACCUUUGAGCAGUGUUUCUUUCAAAGCCCUUGUUGGAAAAGGUCUUAUUGGGGAUGUUCCGGUUAUAUUUGCCAAACCACAAACUUACAUGAAUAAAAGCGGUGAGUCUGUUGGAUCCAUUGUUUCGUAUUACAAGAUUCCAUUGAAGCAAGUACUUGUGAUAUUUGAUGAUCUAGAUCUUCCCUUUGGAAAACUGCGGAUGUUGCCGAAAGGUGGACAUGGAGGACACAAUGGGAUGAGGAGUGUCAUUGAUCACUUUAAAGGGAGUCGAGAUUUUCCUCGUUUAAGAAUCGGCAUUGGACGCCUCCUGGGAAAAUGGAUCCUAUCAACUUUGUUCUUCGUCCGUUCACUAAACAAGAACAACAGGAGCUGAAUUUUACGUUUCAAGAAGGUGUAGAAGCGGUGCGUAUUCUUUUGCUUGAGGGGGUUCAACAAAAGCGCAACUUUUGUUAACAGUGCCAAACCCUUGGAACAAUGCGGUUAAAUUGCUUCGUUUGUUAUCUUGAGAAUCAUAUUAUUUCAAGGUUUCUCAAUUUGGCGAACAAUCAUUGCAUUCAUUGUUUUCUGGUGGUGACGCCAACUCACAAACGCUAGCUGAAGAUUUAUACAGAGCCUCCAUAGGAAUUAUGCAGUCCAGAGUGGUUCCAACGUCCUUUCGCUGAAAGUGCAGCUGCAGCUAUACAUUUGAUAAGAACUAUCAUACUUUGAGAAUUAGCAUACUUGUAAUUUUAUCAGAAGUUCAUUGUUGCUGUUUUAUUUUUCCCAUUUUUUUUUGUUUUACAUAUCUUGGAUCUAUGCAAUUUAUAUAGUCUAAAUCUUUUGAUUCUUUUCUUAUCAAA